AGCAAACCACCAGGUAUCUACCAGUACACUACCAACCUGAAUUAUCUACGUCUACCAAUUGGUCUAGUUUUCGCACCGUAAAAUCUAUCAUCCCGCGUACUACCCAUCUAUUUUCUGUAUUUGUGGUUGCUACUUCCCAAGCAGCUAGGCCUUCGUGACAUCAGGCUAUGCGAAAAAUUAACUAUGCAGAGGCGCCGCCGACUGCGGCAGCCUCAAAAAUUCCAGGGAUCAUGAGCUACGGCGCGGCUGGAUAUGGGUUAAGACGAAACUAAGGCAAAAGUUGUUGGAAAUUUUUCGAUCCUGUUGUUGAGGUGGAAGAAGGGCAUCUUCAGUGAGCGACCCGAAGAUGUUGAACACCUUCGACAAUUCCUCGCCGUCGCUCUUCCGUCGAGCAGGGGUGCUGCCCCCGUGUCGUGGUGGACAUCCUCACCGCUUUACUCCCCGGCCGCUGUCCACUUUGUUUCUGCAGAGCCUACUCCAAGUCUCGCUGAUAUGGUCCUCCUGCAGCCGUGUGGAAAUGAUGGGCUCCUUCGGAUUUUUGAUGAAAACGCGGCCGGCGGCGAAUAAUGGCGGAUCAUCGCCGACACGCAGUAGAUCAUCUUCGAGAAAACUGAAGUACAAAUACAAAAUCAUCGCACCCACUACAGAAAGAACUCCGACGAGGAAGCAGGCCGUGCACGAAGUCGAAGAUCCGGGGGAGAAAGAGAACGAGAAUGAGGACUCGUACGCCUCUGUUUGGCUGGAAGGUCAGGACGUGAACAACCUGGACGAAGGAAGAUUAUCGCUACAAUCUUCUUCUAAAUCAGACUCAGAUAGUGCAGAUGAAGGUCUUUCCAGAGCUCCCCAGGAGAACCACGGCGUGAAAGCGGAAAGUAGCCGAGUAGUAGGUGAUAUUGAACAGUUACAGGGGUCUUCAUUGUCUUCCUCCGAAAGAGAAGUAGAAUACCACUGGGGGAACGAAAAAGAUCUAGUCGACGACAUCACUCUACCAGGACCACCAGCUUUACUAGCAAAAGACGCGGCGGCGUCCCCACCUGCACAAGUUCUUUCCCCCGCUACUAGUUUAGGCUUUUCCUCACUGCAGGUGCAAGUCGACACAGGGCACGAAAAGGACAAAAUUGAGGCGGAGCAGAACAAUAAACUUGCGCUAGGUCGUGUCAAGACAACGACUCGUCAAGAUGAACAUCAGGAAUCAUCAUCUUCGGACGCGUCUACCACUACCGCCGGAACAACGACAAAAUCAAAAAUCGAGGACAGCGCCGCGGUCAAAUGGGCAAUCGGCCUCGUCGUGUUAGCGGUUGUCGUUCUCGUGGCGGUCGGCGCGAUCUUGUCGCAGCACUUAAGCGAAGAGCAGUCCGGUGUGAUGAAGGUGAGUGCUGUGGCGAUUGGGGACGAGGACGGAAUAGGCGACGAUGACAUGUUUUACGAAAGCGAAAUGGACGAAGAGGAUAGAAAUAACCGACACAGCGAUCAAGAAGAAACGUCGUUCAAAAAAAGUAACGACAGCUCGACGCUUGUUGAUCACGAUCAUGAUAUCGUAAGGAAAAAUCCCCCCUCCCCAUACUCAAACUAGAAAUUUGUGAUGCAGAUUUGUGGUCACAAAGAAAUCAGCUUUGUCAUGCUAGAAGGGAAAAGAUGCGGACUGUAGUGCUGGUUGGCGUGGGAAAGCCUUGCAUCUUCAGCAUGACAGGGGGCAGCUGGAAGUGGGAAACAGCAUGACAAAUUGCCUGCAAGCGAGGCCACAGCUGCGUCUCUUGGCCUUCUAGCAUUACAAGUCGACUUGUGUACUCAAAUACAGCAUCACAAAUUUCGUUUUCGAUAUGGGCAGGGGGGGUUUUUCCCUUUGAUAUUACAUGAGCACAACGACAGCGGCCUCCACGCGACGUCGGGGGAACAGGGGCAGCACUCUCCUGGUGUUCUCAGCUUCGCGUACACUGGUGGGGACGUUCGAAGUGGUGGGGUUGCUUCGAGUGGCCGCUUGCCUGCUAAAAAUGUGCAGCACAUACAGGGCUUCCUGAACGGCCAAGAAGUUCAAGUAAAUUCGCAGAGCAAGCAGCACGGCAACGAUCUCGAUCGUCCGAGCGACUUGAGCGCGCUCCAGGCACAGAGGAGUCAGCGCUUGGACGCGAAGCGGCGGCGGAACGACGAGAGGAAGCAGCGCAAGUUGGAGAACUACGUGGAUCAUGCAGCUAUGAUGGACACAAAAGAGGGCCGCGGGGGAGAUGGAGAGGAAAAAUGGGAAGAAACCGACUUAGAGUCGUCCUUGCGCUCAGGGGAACACCUUUUCGUUCCGCGGCCGACGAACAAUCUUCAAGAGUCCUACAAUAGGAGCUCCAACGAGCUGCAACAUGGGGGGCCUGCAACUUCGGCUCCGAUAAAAAUCCCAGUUGUUUCUGUAGCACCUAGUAGGAGUACCGCCGGAGCAGGAAGUACUACGUCAAUCACAGCUAGCACACCUAGCAACGGAGGCGGUAGUUUAGCAGCAACGGCACUGUUGGACUAUCGAAACAAAAGGAGGACCGAGUCUCCGAAUAACACCAGCAAGCCGGCAGGCCCCGGCCACGAAAUGGUAGAGGGCAAGAACAUGGAGGUCCAGAUUACAACGGAUGAGCAGCAGGAGGAGAUGCACGUACAGCGGGCGCCCACGGGAUUUCUGCCGGGUGAAAUAAAUCAACUCGUCCCCGGCGGCGGAGUGGCACAGGAGCGACGUACCACAGGAACAGCUACUUCUCCACGAAAUAUUGACCAGCAGGUAGAUGAUCAACAACGCUCGCAGCAAGUAGAGAAAGUUGCUCUUGCUAAAGGCUGGAGAAUCGCGCAGCAGCCUGUAAACGUUGUUGUUCAGCGCGCUCCUUCCGGUAUGUUGCCCGGGGAGGAGCAAGUUGCUGGUGCUAUAAUUUCACCAACUUCUACUGCAGCCGACACGUCGUACCAGCUGCAGGUCGGGCAACAGACGGGACGACAACCAAGCAGUGCCAAGGCAGCUGGGGGUAGCCGGUAUCGCGAAAUAAACGCGAUUAACCGUGUUAACCGGUCUGGAAAUCCAUCGGAAAUGAUAAACUACAGUGGUGUAAUAGCUAGCUAUACAACUGGAACAGAAACAGCUCCAGCUGCAGCUGCAGCGACUACACGAAGCGCUGGUCCUACCGCUAUUAGUAGAGCUGCUGUCAUGGCCAGGGGGCCGACCAACGUUUCCACUGCAACUACCGCGAACCUCGGUUAUGAAGACCCUCGUGCGACGGCUGCUACGACUGGAUCAAGAGGUACAGUGACCGCGACGACAUUCGACCAGAGACGUUUGCCGUCGGACAUAUCCACCGGGUCGCGACUGACUGCCGCGUCAACAGGGUCCGGACCAAAGCCACGUAUGUUUCAAAACGUGAUGUUGACAAGUAGUAGUACAACAACUGGCCGCGGACAGAGAAGUAGUAGCCCGUCUUCUAGUAAGACACCGCCCGCGCUUCACGUUCCUGUCGAACGAGACCCCGCCGAAGCGACCCCGCUCGCGCCAGGCUUGACUCCGCGGAAAGGACGUGGUGCGAACAAGAAAGCGAACACGGCCAUUGUCUCGCAUGAGCACAGCACCCAGAGCCGCGAUCCAGGCCAAGAGACCUUCGGUGAUGCACCGAAGGAAAAUGCUAGUCGGAGAAAAAUCUCUCCUGCCCUCGCCCGAGCAACCGGAGCCGUUACCACAGUGAAUGCGCUAGCUCAUAGAACAAAGCAGGAUCAUGUUGCCAAUGCGGCAGGAGCUCCUGUUCUUUCAAAGAACAAAAACCAAUCAUCUGUUGAGACGAGUAGUGGGCAACAUGGAGCUGCGAGAUCAGAAGAAGUGCAACAACUUUCACCUCACGGCGAGCCACUUCUUCGCGUUGGUGGGCCUAGUGCUUCUGUAAUAGCCAAGGUAGCAGCUGCAGCAAAAACUACACCUGCUCAACCUAAGCUGCAAACCCGCAAAUUCACGCGCGCCCUUCAGGAGGGCGAGCAGGACGCUGCUGAGCUCCGGUUGGCAGCUGACAUGAUUGAGAAAGCGAAACAGAGAGAGGCGGAACCCUAAACUUACUUAGUUGCCGUUUCUCUUACACUCGUAUACAAUUUAACCCCUGGAGAUGAUUUUUUCCCCACCUGUCGACAUGUCAACUUUUAUCUGUG